GGCUGAAAUUCACAAGAUCGACUCUCACGCUGCGAAAAUCCAAUCCUUUCCUUCCUCAAAAUCCAAGCUUUUGCUGCGGCGGCGGCGGUAGUGGUGGUGGAGAGAUGACGUGGGUAUGGCUGGAGGCCAUGCUCCCGCUCGGGAUCAUCGCCGGGAUGCUCUGCGUCAUGGGCAACGCCCAGUACGUCAUCCACAAGGCCGCUCAUGGCCGCCCGAAGCACAUCGGGAACGACGUGUGGGACGUGGCCAUGGAGCGGCGGGACAAGAAGCUCGUGGACAACCCCUCCUCCGCUCAUUCCGGCUGAUUCCCUAGGGUUCCGCCCCCCGAUCUCGUGUCUCUCGGAAUCUCUAACAAGUCAGUGAAUUAAUAAAAUGCUGAUCCGUGUUCCAUCCAUGGCAAGGAGUCUGGAAGCAAUAUCUAGUGGGAUCAUUUUUAUUUUUAUUUUUUUCCGUUUUUGCAUGUGCAUCUUGGUGACCUUAUAGACCAUUUGGGGGACAUUUGAAGAUAUUUGACCUUAAAUGUACUUUUUAUAACUGUUAAUGAAUUUUUUUGUGGAGGUUUGAUGAUCCUCAUCUAGUUUAUGUUUCACUGC